GGGAGUACUUGUUUUAUCGAGCAACACAAAGAGCGGGACGGGUUUACGGUGCCGCCGUCUGCGUAUGGGCGCGACCACCCCGCCGAGAAGCCGGAAGCGCUUGGUUUCUACACAAUCCGAACAACCAACCAACUAGAAUUAUUCCUCUUCUCCUGUCUCCUCUGCACUCCACGCAACAGAUACUCCGGCGCGAGGAAGCAACCGUCGUCGACGGAGGCGAUUCGUUCCCCUUUCGUACACCCCUCCCCGGUAUCUGCAUCUCCUCCUCCGAUAAAGAAUCCCCCGGUGCUACAAUUCCACACGACUGGUCCGUCGAUCGAUUCCUUGUCGGAUCAAAUUCUCCUUGCGUUCAUUUUACCUCUAGUCUGGGGGCUCUCGGUUACCAGUUACUUGUUUGGCUUUUGUUCGGUCUCCUGGGGCUUUGUAGCCGCCCAUGGCCAAGCGACGGAGUAGAUUCGCUUUUCCUAGGUUCGGCUGCUUUGGGGGCCAAGCUCGGGCGGAGAAGAUGGCAGAGAAUGGGUACCCGGUGAAGCUGCACAUCUAUGAUCUCAGCCAGGGGAUGGCUCGGCAGCUUUCAGCGACGAUCCUCGGCAAGGCCAUUGAGGCGAUCUGGCACACCGGCGUGGUCGUCUACGGGCGCGAGUACUACUUCGGCGGCGGCAUCCAGCGGGGCCAGCCCGGCCGGACGCCGUACGGCACGCCCAUCCUGGUGGAGGACCUCGGCGUGACCCACGUCCCCCGGGAGGUGUUCGAGGACUUCCUCCGGGAGAUCGGACCCCGCUACACGCCGGCCACCUACAACCUCCUCAGCCACAACUGCAACAACUUCAGCGACGAGGCCGCUCAGUUCCUCGCCGGCGCCAAACUCCCAAGCUACAUCCUCGAGCUGCCGAACGAAGUGAUGAACAGCCCCAUCGGCGCGCUGAUAAUGCCGAUGAUCCAGGGGCUGGAGACGAGCUUGCGAGCCGGGGCCGUGCCGCAGCCGCCGCAAAUCAGGCCGGCUCCCGCCCCGGUUGCCGCCGCCGCCACCGCGACGCGGCCGUCCGCGAAUGACGUCGAGGCAAGGUCGCCCGCUGCUGACAAACCGGAGGCUCCGUCCGCGAACGACGUCGAGGCGAGAUCGCCUGCUGCUGACGAACCGGAGGCUCCGUCCGCGAACGACGUCGAGGCGAGACCGACUGCCGCUGACAAACCGGAGGCUGGCAAGACGGCGGGCAACGGCGACGACGACGGCGGCACGGUGGUUCCACCCGCGGUGCAGCCCGCGGCAGCACCGGCAGCCGCCGCCCACGUGGGCGCGGCGCCUGCAGUGGUGGCGGCAAAGACGGCGGCGCCUCCGGACCCCCUGGCGGAGGCGAAGAGCCGGGUGCAGGAGGAGAUAAAGCGGGAGUUCGCGGCCAUCAUGGCGGUCGGCACGGCGCGGGCGGGCGAGGCGGCCGCCCUGGCCACGCGCCGCGUCAUGGAGCGGCACGGCCUGCAGCGAGGAUAGGCGAUAGGUGUCGCGGCCUUGGCCGUAUAAUUGCCCGUUAAAUCACGCUUGUUAAAUUUAAGAUCGCGGAUUGUCAGUCAGGCGCGUUUGCCUCGGAUGUCUGAGGGUUGUCUGCUAAUCUGCUGCUGAAACAGCUGAUGAUAGCCAAAGAUGGUUUGGUGAUCA